AUGAAUAUUGAAGGAUUUCUCAGAAGGACUUUUGUGAUUGCUCUUGACUUUGUGAAGAUUAUCUUGUCAGCAUCACGGAACAUUGCUGAGAGGAGAGUACGGCUCCAGACAGGUAUGUGGGGUGCCUUUGGGAAGCCCCAGGGCACAGUGGCCAGGGUUCACAUUGGCCAGGUCAUCAUGUCCAUCUGCACCAAGUUGCAGAAUAAGGAACAUGUGAUUGAGGCUUUACGCAGAGCCAAGUUCAAGUUCCCUGGUCACCAGAAGAUCCACAUCUCAAAGAAGUGGGGCUUCACCAAGUUUAAUGCCGAUGAAUUUGAAGACAUGGUUGCUGAGAAGUGGCUCAUUCCUGAUGGCUGUGGUGUCAAAUAUAUCCCCAAUCGUGGUCCUCUGGAUAAGUGGAGAGCCCUGCAUUCCUGAAGGCUUCCAGAGCUCUCCUAUACCCUACCAAAUCAUGUUCAAUAAUAAAUCUUGCAUCAAGUC